AUGUCCUUCGAAGUGGCGAUGGAACUAGUGGCAAGACAGGAGGAACGAACACGAAUCAAAGCCGAUUCGUUGCUGGCACAUUCUGUUCCUCUCAUCGGACAGAGCGGGUCUCCCAGGCUGUUUGUCUCAAAGGCUGACAUGAUUGAAACUGCUCAGGCUGACGCUGCCCGGGUUGUCGCCCGUGUGCAAAACGCAGGUGACAUCGACGUGCAACGCCUCACUGGGCACUUCAUGCGACGCGGCGGAGCAAAGGCAUUGGCUCGGGCUGGCACGCCCAUCGCAUUGAUCAAGCCGAAUCAAGCACAUGUCACGGCACAGCGCCAAUGUAGUGCAGACCUAUGUCGAGGAGGCCCUGGAGGAGUCCCCGAACGCACCACCCAUGCAGGCAAACUACCGCCAGACACAGAAGCUGAUCGAGGACCGCCGAGGCGAACUUCAAGCCUUGAAGAAAGCCAGGAUGACUGA